ACCCCUGGUACUCAUAUUACGCAAGUCGCAACUUCUGCCGCUGCUAGACAAAUCUUCCCUCAUUUACUUGGUGAAUCAGUUAUAGUUCGGCAUCAUGGCUGGGAUCGACAACGAUGACAAUCAAAGUGAAUCUUGGUUGUCUCGUGUAACAGGAGAGUUCCAUAGAGUACCGUGCAUGAGAACUGCAUUCCUAUAUGGUAUAGGUGGAGGGUUCGGUGUUGGGCUGGCUACAUUUCUAUUUACAAGCCGUGUGAAGCGCUCAACAGAUAUGGGUGUCCUAUCAUUCAUUGCAGUCACCUUAAGCUCGUUCACCUACUGCAGAUAUAACCGUGCAAAAAUGACCAUCCAGCAGCGGAGGUUUCGAGAGCUUCAAGGACUUGAACCUAGGGAAGUUUCACAUCAAUAUAAACCAGAGAGAUGAUAUCUACCUAUUAUAUGUUAACUGCCACAGUGUACAUGACAUAUAAUUCAAAAUAUGUGUGCGAAUCAUGAUAAGAGGUGAUAAGUUUGUAAAGGUAAAUUCUUAUCCCCUAAAGAGGUUAACAAUAAUUUGUAUGGCAUUUGAAAGUAUGAUAAACCUCAAAAGAACUUUAUCAUGUAUUCUCCAGGUGUUUUAGGUAUUUGUGAGAAAGUACCUUAAUGUUGAAGUGCUCAUACUGGUAUAUCAAGCAGUCUAUGCCACUGGUUGAUUCCACUAAAUCUUCACAAUAAUGAUAUGAACAGACAAUAUAAUUCUCAUAGACCCCAUUCUCAGUAUUAACUUUCUUGAACUGGUUCUUGAUCUUACAAAUUAUAUCUGAAAAUUGUAUAUUAUGCAUUGUAGUUUUAUCGUAUCAGUUUAUAUUGUGACUAUGUCAUUUUGAUAUCCAUGCAGAGGACCAUGCAAAAGUGACAAAUCUGAGUUAAUAUUUGGGAACAAAAUUCUUUAUUGAUUUCCUGUCAUUUUUUUUUCAAUUUCUAAUUUUUAAUCACUUGCUCACAAUUUUUCACAUAUCCCUGUACAAUGUUUGUCUUUAAAAUAAUGUGAUUAUUUGGUUCAAUUUAAACACAGGAUAGAUGGCAUAGAGAAGUAAAUUGAAAUUAAUGAAUUCAACAAUAUGGUUCAGAUCUGCUUCAUAAUAUGUAGCUCUGAUGCAGAGACUAUUAAUUUAACUGCUAGUUUAUAUCAUUCUCUGAUCAUUUUCCCUUUCCAUGUAUUUCAAGCUUACAAGUUACAGUAUAUCAGUAGUACUCAUUGGUUCAGGGGCUGCGGAACCAGAGGGUGAGGGGAUUUAGUCCCCCUCCCUCCCCAUUUUUUCCCCCAGAACCUUGUACAAAAACUUAAAGAUUACCAUCUGAUUGUAAUUUUUUGCAUGGAACCUCAUGCAAAUCAGAGAGUUGUUAGGAAGAAGCUGUAUCUCUUGUAAUUUAUGCAAAAAGCAUUGAUGGGUUCUGAAGUGUAACAAUGGAAUUUGUAACAUGCUACUUAACUUGGCUUUAAUCUUCGACUCAGCACACCGUUGUACUGUUGUGAUUUUUUUUUCAGGAUCCUAGUUUUUAGUACCAACUUGUAAUUUAUGUAAUAUUGGUAAAAACGCAAUUCAAAUUAUAAAGCUCAUGAAUAAUGGCAAAAGGACAUUGGACAAGCUUGUUGGAGUUAGCACUGUGCCAAUAUCAUAAUUUGCAUA